UGGUGUGAGAAACCCUAUUCUCGAUCACUUCGCCUCGUUGUCGUCCUCGCCUCGCUUCCCCGCCUCCUCGUCUCCUGCGGCCAUAGCUCCUCGUCGCUGCCUCCUCUUCAGCGAUGAUUCCGGCCACUCCUUCCAGCAUCCGUGCACAAAGCAGCCCUCCAUUAGUGGCGCCAAUUAUGAGACUGCAAAAGAUAUCAGAUGAAAAUUUGUCAAGUUUUUGGAUUAUUGGUAUCCAGGAGGGUUUUCCCACAGGUCAAGAAUUCAAUCCUCCAACCAGAAGGCUUAAAGAUGUGGAAAUAAGCUUUCCAAUUGUUUAUGGUACUAUAGCAUUUUGGCUUGGAAAGAAGGCCACCGAGUACAAUUCACACAAAUGGACUGUUUAUGUUCGUGGGGCAACAAAUGAGGAUUUAAGUGUGAUAGUUAAGCGUGCUGUGUUUCAACUGCACUCUAGUUUCAACAACCCAACUAGGGUUGUAGAAUCAGCACCUUUUGAACUUUCCGAGUCUGGAUGGGGUGAAUUUGAAAUAGCAAUUACACUCUUUUUCCACAGUGAUGUAUGUGACAAACAACUGGACCUAUAUCACCAGCUAAAAUUGUUUCCUGAAGAGGAUAGUGGGCCCCAGUCAAUCAAAAAGCCUGUUGUUGCAGAAACAUAUGAUGAAAUAGUUUUCUCUGAGCCUUCAGAGGCCUUCUUUGCACGAGUACAGAACCAUCCUGCUGCAAUUGUUCCAAGGCUACCUUCUGGCCUAAACUUGCCAGCUCCUGGUCCUAUUGAUCAUGUCAACGAGAAGAAAAGAAGUGAUACUAAGGAUCAUCCAUUCAGUCAGUGGUUUAUGAAUUUUUCAGAGGCAGAUGAGCUGUUGAAACUUGCAGCUGCUCGCCAACAGGUACAGGCCCACAUAGCAAAGCUGAGGAGACAGUUGAGUAUGAUUGAUGGUUUGCCUCAACAGUCGAAGGCUGCGUCUGGACAGUAGGUCAUUUCAAAUUUAGUUUGGUAGGAACUUAUGGAUGAUAUAAAUGUAGUUAAACCAUAUGUAAACAGCAUUUAUUUUCUGUAACAACUUGCCGUAACUCGAUGCGGUUGCUUGAUCGCAUGCAAAAAGACCUGGUUUUUAAUAUAUUGUAAGACUUUAUGGUA